AUGGCCGGCGGCCGCUUCCUCGUCGACGGCGUUGGAUGGGGGGGAUGGGCGGCCGGGGUUCUGCUGCUGGGAUGGGUUCUGAGGACGCUGCGGUGGGUGUGGUGGACGCCGAGGAGCACGGAGAGGAAGCUCCGGGCGCAGGGGAUCGACGGGACCUCCUACCGUUUCCUCUUCGGCGACAUCAGGGAGACCAUGCGUCUUACCAGGGAGGCCAAAUCGAAGCCCAUGCCCUUCUCUCAUGAUAUCCCCCCUCGAGUCCUCCCCUUCCACCACCAGAUCGUCAAGACCUACGGUCUCUCUCUCUCUCUCUCGCUAUAUAUAUACAUCUAUCUAUCAAUCCAUCUAUCUCUUCUUGACUGUAUCUUGGUGUGAUGUAGGCAAGGUUAGUAUGACCUGGUUGGGGGUAAGUCCCCGGGUGAUCAUCGCCGAUCCUCUUCUCAUCAGAGAGGUCCUCUUGAACAAGUCUGGCCACAUCGGGAAGCCGAAGCUCGGUCCUCUUGGGCAGCUCCUCGUUGGCGGACUCUUAGGCUACGACGGAGAGAAGUGGGCGAUGCACAGGAAGAUCAUCAACCCAGCGUUUCACGUAGAGAAACUGAAGGUUCUUCUUUCGGCCCCGUUGACUCUGUCAUUACCUUGCUGCGGCAGGAUCUCUGCCGUCCCAACGACCCUUCUUCUUCGUUUCUUUCUUCUUGAUCAUCAUCGUCGUUUUCUUCUUCUUCUUCUUCUUCUCCAUCUUCGUCUUCUGCUUCAGUAUCCUCAGUCUUCUGCAUCAUGAUCAUGAUCAUCGUCUUCUUCUUCGUUAUCAUCUUCUGAGAUCUCCUGUGGUGGAUCUCGCAGAGGAUGCUGCCGGCGUUUUCCUACUGCUGCGCAGAGCUCGUGAGGCGCUGGGAGAGCUUGCUGAAUCCGGAGGGGAGCUGCGAGGUGGACGUGUGGCUGGAGCUUCAGAACUUUACCAGGGACGUCAUAUCCCGGACGGCCUUCGGGAGCAGCUUCGAAAAAGGGAGACGCAUCUUCCAGCUUCAGGAUGAGCAGGCCGAGCUUGCCCUCCAAUCCCUUCAGAACUUUCAGAUUCCCGGUUACAGGUUUCUCCCCACGAAGAGGAACCGACGGAUGAGGGAAGUCGACCGGGAGAUGGAGGACCUCCUCCGGGAAAUCAUCGCCAGAAGAGAGAAGGCACUGCGACAGGCGGCGCCUGGCGCCGCCACCGGCGACGACGACCUGCUGGGCCUGCUCCUGCAAUCCAACCAGGUCGGCUUCCAGGAGGAUGGGACCUCCAGAGGGGUGGCCCGGAUGACGACUGAGGAGGUGAUCGAAGAAUGCAAGCUCUUCUAUUUUGCCGGGCAGGAGACGACCUCCAUCCUCCUGACCUGGGCCAUGGUCGCCCUAGCAAUGCAUCCGAGCUGGCAGGACCGCGCCAGGGCCGAGGUUCUGCAGGUUUUCGGCAGGGAGAAGCCGGACUUCGACAGACUGAGCCAGCUGAAGAUUGUGGGAAACAUUCCUCCUCCCUCAUCACCUCAAUCUCUCAUUAUCUGCCAGGUUCAGGCGGGUGAUCCCUCUCUCUCUCUUUCUUGUAUGUUGCAGGUAACGAUGGUUCUCCAUGAGGUGCUCCGACUGUACCCGCCGGUGCUGUUCCUCUCUCGGAUCACCCGGGCGGCGACGACGGUGGGAGAGUACAGCUUGCCGGCGGGGGUGCAGCUCCAGCUGGCCGUCCUGCUGGUCCAGCACGAUCCGGAGUACUGGGGGGACGACGCCGGUGAUUUCAACCCGGAGAGGUUCGCCGAGGGGGUCUCCAGGGCGUCGAAGAACCAGUCGCCGGCGGCGGGGACGGCCUUCUUCCCCUUCGGCGGCGGGGUUCGCGUCUGUGUCGGCCAGGGCUUUGCCAUGGUGGAGGCGAAGAUGGGUCUCGUCUCCAUCCUGCAGAGCUUCUCCUUCGAGCUCUCUCCGGCGUACACCCACGCGCCGAGCGUCGUCAUGACCCUCCAGCCCCAGCACGGCGCCCAGGUCAUCUUGCGCCGUCUCUGA